AUGCUCCUCAGCAGAGCGGGACGACUGUCCCCACGCCUGUGCUCCAGCUACAUCGAGGUCUCGAACUAUGUCCGCGCCAGACACACAGGCGUGCGGGCCGGGGGGUAUGGCAGCGUCAUACCGAGGAAGGAAUUUCAUGCCCGAUGUGCUUUGCUGGAAGAGGCGCAGUCUCGUCUGGAGCCCCGCCAAUUCUUGGAACAGUACAAGGCGUCAGUUGAAUUCCCAGCGGCUACUUAUGACUUCGAGACGUUCAUUUCACAAGCAGCCCCGGACCAAGAAGUGGUUCUGCAUGGAUAUCUGGGCGAACGCAGAGAUCUAUCCAAAAAGCUCGCUUUCGUGCGCCUAACAGACCCAACCAUGAAACACAGCGUACAGCUCGUAUCACUCGCCAAAAGCGGUUCCUUAGACAAGCUCAAGUCGGUCCGCCCAAACAGCCCUGUCGCAGUCCGCGGGAAGGUACAAAAGAAGCAGUCAAAGGGGUCCGAGAUGGAGAAGACGGAUCCGUGGGAACUCCAGCUGGAAGAUAUCUACCCUUUGAACGAGUUUCCGAAGGAUAUUUUGAUGAAGUCGGAUACAGUCUUCGCGCCCAAACACCGGUAUCUGCAAUUGCGAGCGGACGCGGAAUUGCGCGAAGCUCUCCGGUUCCGGGCGCAAGUUCAUAACAUUUGCAAGGAGGAGCUGGAGCAGUGUCGUCCACCGUUUGUCGAGAUUGAAACUCCUCUGCUGUUCAAGUCCACGCCUGAAGGUGCUCGAGAAUUCCUGGUGCCAACCCGGAAGCGAGGGCUGGCUUAUGCUUUACCUCAGAGUCCGCAGCAAUACAAGCAGAUCCUGAUGGCCAGCGGGAUCCCGAGAUACUAUCAGUUCGCGCGAUGCUUUCGGGACGAGGAUCUUCGUGCUGACAGACAGCCAGAGUUUACUCAGUUUGAUCUGGAAAUGUCUUUCGCUACAGGAGAUGAUGUUAUGCGCACGAUUGAAGGUGUCAUUCGUCGACUUUGGUCAACCCUGAUGAAGGAUCCAGCUCCAGAGGGACCUUUCCGGAAAGUCUCUUACGAGGAAGUCAUGAGUCGCUACGGCUCCGACAAGCCCGACACUCGAUAUGGCAUGGAGAUCUCCCGUAUUGGCCACCUCCUGCCCGUCGACCUCGUCAAUAAGAUCACUCCCCUACAAGACCCGAUCGUGGAAGUCUUCAAGGUCGAAAACAAUGAGAACGACCCUGCUGCCAUGGCCGAAUUCAUCAGCCAAUUCCUUGAUUCCCCCGCCGGUGCACCAUUCAACGACAACCCCGCCGGCGGCCCCGGUGUCUUCGUGUACGACGCAAAGAAACCCCUGUGCGGACUACAGCCCUUCGGCUUCGAGGCUGCUGAAUACAUGGAAGAGCUCCUUGAUCUCGAUCACGGUGAUCUUAUCGUCAUCCAGGCGCGCGAGCAAGCCCCAUUCUCCGGCGGCUCUACCCCUAUCGGCGACCUCCGUCGAGCUGUUCACUCCGCCGCAGUCACCUCCGAGUUCAAACCAGCGCCCACCGGCUUCGACUUCCUUUGGGUCGUGGACUUCCCGCUGUUCUCGCCGUCUACCGAUUCCGAGCCCGGCCAAGGCGGUGCUGCCGGUAUCUCUUCCACGCACCACCCGUUCACGGCGCCCAAGAACGCCGCCGAUGUCGACCUACUGCUCACGGAUCCCACGAAAGUUGUCGCCGACCACUACGAUCUAGUUGUCAACGGCGUCGAGCUAGGCGGAGGCAGUCGACGUAUCCACGACGCCACCGUGCAGGAGUUCAUUCUGCGCGACAUCCUGCAGGUGCCGGACGAGCGACUCGCCGACUUUGCGCAUCUUCUGGAAGCGCUUCGCGCGGGAUGUCCGCCGCAUGCUGGCCUGGCCCUUGGAUUUGAUCGCCUGGUUGCCGUCAUGCUCGGUAAGGAGUCUGUGCGCGACGUGAUUGCUUUCCCCAAGAUCGGGAAGGGUGGCGAAGACCCGAUGGUCAAGGCCCCCAGUGCGAUGACGGAGAAGGCCUUAAGCACGUAUCAUCUUCAAAUGAAGAAAUAA